AUGGCUGGCACCGUAAUUCUCACCGGGGCCAAUAGCUCAGCUGGUCUCCACGCCUCCGAGCAUAUCUUGAAGAAAUACCCUCAGCACACGGCCGUCUUCACCGUCCGGAGCGCCGCCGACACCGAUGUCAAUACCAAUAGCUUGCGUGCCAUCCUCGCCCGGUACCCCGAGACCAAGGCGUCGAUCCACGAGCUGGACCUGGGCGACCUCACCGCCGUCCACAACUUCGCCACUACCAUCUCGGACGGCGUCGCCGGCGGCCAGUAUCCUCCCAUCAAGUCCAUCAUAUGCAACGCCUACUACUGGAAUCUCGUGUCCGACCCGGAGCUCACCGUCGAUGGCUUCGACAAGUCGAUACAGAUCGGACACCUCUCCCACGUGGCCCUAAUCCUACGCCUUCUCGGCAGCUUCAGCCCCGAUGGCGGCCGCAUCGAGCUCCUCUCGAGCAUCGCCCACUACCGCAAGAAGACCGGCAUGUCACCAUACCUCCCCGAGAUACCCGACGACCUGGACCUCCUCAUCCACCCGCGCGCCGACCCUGACAAGCAGGGCCGCGGCUUUCAGAGGUACGGUACCUUGAAGCUGGUCAUCACGACCUGGAUGUAUCCCCUCAAUGAGUAUCUCCAAAAGGACCCGAAGCUCUCCAAGAUCACGGUGAUAGCAGUGAACCCGGGCAACCUGGGGGACUCCCGGGCGUUCCGUACGAACACGCCGGCGUCGAUCAGGUACGCGCAGAAGUUCGUGAUGCGGCCGUUCAUGUCGCUCGUGCGGCGGUUCGCGGACCCGACCUUCCGGCCGUCAGCCGAGGCGGGCGCUGACAUCGCCGAGCUCGGCGUCGGCCGCGCCGACGACGGCCAGCGCGGCUAUUACACACUCCUCGAGAAGGACGAACCUGACCCGGUCGUCCUCGACCCCGAGAACCAGCGGCGCAUCUGGGCCAAGAGCGCUGAGUGGGCCGGCAUCACUAAGGACAACACCGCGCUCAAGGUUGCCUUCGAAUAG